CUGCAGCCUGGGUCCUCGACCUCGGUACAGACAAGGCCUCCAUCCUACUUGAGGUGCUGAAACUCCAAACAGAGAAGAAACCAGUUAGACUGAAGGGCUGGCUAGAAACUGAUAAAAGCAAAAUAUGGAGUUUUCUUCGGUGCCUACCAUAUAUUUCACAACUGAGGAUUGUUCCUCAAGAUGAGAGUGAUACAGAGGUGAAGAUGCCUACACUGACUUCUGAGCAACUAAAGAGAUUCUUCCUUUUGCACCUGCUUGAUCAUGGAGAUCUGGACAACACUGAGACAGGACAGAGCUCUGUUGAGGAACUGUUGUCAGUUCUUGGGUUUGCUCAUUCAGACGACUCUCCAGAAAGGUGCUUGUUUCUGUUAGAUCUGUUCUCACAUGGGAAAGACUACGAGACUCAAACAGGCAGAAAAGUUUGUCAAGCAUUACUUCCUGUUUAUCGGUCAGCCCCUGCAGUCUGGUCCAUAGACCUCUCGGAGAGAAAGGGCUCUCUAAGCUGUGAUGACCAGUUCCAGCUGUCUCUGUGGUGUGCACUCCCUGACGGCUCAGAAUGGGAUGCACAGCUAGCCUCCUCACUCCUCCAGGCCCUAGACUAUACCAUCACAUUGUCAGGGUGGUUGCCCACUGUAACCUGCAAGGCAGUAGGUGCAGUCCUAGGCCAAUCUGCCCCUGGAGAAAAACUCAACGUCAGUCUCACCCCAGAUAGUAUCUCAUUCCAAGGAGCUGCAUUACUCUUCAAGCAAGUGAAAGAGUUUCACAAACUUAAGGUAAACGAAAUGUCAACAGCGAAGCUGGCCAGAUUGGCAAGGUCAAUGACAUGCCGAAGACCAAUGGUCGUUGAGGAGCUGACUCUUCUCUUCUCUAGGUCAAUUCUAAAAGAAGGGGUGCAGUGUAGAGUGCUCAGUGGUUUAGCUUUACUCCUUAGAGUUUGGACUGUAAGGGUCUUAAAUCUGAUAGACUGUCCAAUCCAGGGUUUCCUUCUCACUACCUUGUUGUGUCAUCAGGGUCCACUCACUAUCAGGCAAGUUUCUAGAUCUUCUUCACACUUGAAAAAAUAUGGACUUUUGUUUUGUGAGGUGUGCUAUUGUUUUGAAAGAUGGGUUUGUGUAUGUUUCCAUGACAGACUGAGUAAGGAGACUCUGCAGCAGCUGGCUGUUGUGGUGUAUGAGGCUCAGGAUGAGGAACUGACCCAAUGCUUUCUGGAAAAGUUGGGUAGUGAUCUGUCUAACUGUACACUGGACUGGGAUGUGCUUCACUACUUGCUGAAGACCACCACACAACCCAUCACCAUCAACCUCAGGAGGAGCAGAAUCAGAGACCAAUACAUACCUUAUCUCCUCCCUUUGCUGGAGAAUGUUCACUUUCAAAGAACAAGCUCCCAGUUUGAAAGGACAGCUCUGAGAGAAAUACAUGAGCAACGUGCUGGUCACUUGGUGAACAGUUUAUUGAAGUCAUCAGAUGACUGGAUCGACCUGAACAACCUGGUUUUGAACCAUGAUGACUGUGAAGCACUUCGUUUUGCCCUGCACUACAGUGACGGUGUCAAACUCAACUUGUUGUUGACCAUCAUUCCAAAGGAGGAAAUGGAGAGCAUUCUGACUCUUCUACACAGAGUCUCUGAGCUCAGGGUAGACAGGAAACUAUUGCUGGAGCUGCUCCAUACCUGUGCAGGAUUGAGAAGGAGGAGAGGAGUGGCACCUGCACUCCUGACACUGCUGCAUCACAAACUGGACCUCUCCUGCUCCUCUGCCAUAGACCUAUUUGGGCAGGAGAAAGAGACUGUUUUGAGCCUCAGUUUUGGAGACUGUAGGGUCAUCUCCGCGGCCAUCCAGGAAGCUGAUGGUGACACAGAGCUGAUCCUACAUGACUGCCAUGUUGAGGAUGCAGGACUAGAGGAGCUGUUUCAUGUUUUGCACAGGAUUCAUAUGAGCUUUGGAAAACCUCUUCUGCUGCAAAUCCUGCACUUGAUAUUUGUGGAAGAUGGCGACAGGUCAGUGAGGCUUGCUUCAUUACUCUCCAGAGCCCUGGAAAAGAAGGUGGACCUCAGUCAGAGCCCUUUAGACUCGAGGGCCUGUUCAACACUUGCCUUGGUUCUAGAACACUCGGAAGGGCUUUCCGAGCUGGACCUCAGUGACUGCCACCUCACUGACACACACCUGGAUGUGCUGCUCCCACAUCUGCACAAAGUUCAAGUCCUGAAUCUUUGCAAUAAUGAAAUCACCGACAAAGGUGCUGUGAAACUUAACCUAUACAUGAUCGGCAAUAGCUUUACAGAAACUGUAUGGCUCUCCAACAAGAUGAUCACUGAGUUUGACAUCUUAUUGGCGGACAAUCGCUACAAACUGUGGCCAGCUCAUGUGGAGCCUGGGCACGAUCAGCGCGUUACUUCCCUGGGAUCUACCUCUGUGACAAAUGAGACCUCUAAAAAAAAAACCCUCAUUGAAGAAUUUGACCCUGACAAAACAAUAACAGACAAGAUUACCUACAGGUUCCAGUGUGGGUCUCGUGGCAGGUUUCAGUGCAGAGCUACAGGGCUGGUUUUUGGGAUGAGGGGGGCAGGGAUUGUGGAGUACAGUGUGGUCCACUGGGACAGGGAUAUCCUUGCUAACACCAGCUAUGAGCCUGCAGGCCCCUUGUUUCAACUCAGGAGUCCAGAGGGACAUAUGUACCAACUACAUCUACCUCACUGCGAGGUUACGGUGUCUGCAGCUGAGAACCUUCUUGUGGCCCACAUAUGCAGAAAGAACAGGGAGUUCUUAAUACCCAAGGUGACACACUCACACGUGAUUGUAAGCAUUAGUGGGCUUUCAAGUUAUGGAAAAGCUCGUAAAAAACAAUCCAACAGCAACAGUAUCCAAGGACAGGUGCUACUGUUCCUUGAGCCUGAAGCAACUCCAAAAGAGCAAAGGCUCUGGGUGUUCCUGCUGCCCCGAGACAUGCCGCCAGACGAGGUGGAAAAUCAGCACAAAGAGUUCACAUUCAUUAAGACCAGCUCAUCCUGUAUGCUGACACCCACAGCCAAAUAUAGUGUGACUUCUGACCUCAAACAAGGCUUUCUUGUUCAACCCAAAAAAUGCACAUUGCACAUUGCACAUUGCACAUACCAACACGCCACCUUUGAGGUCUUCUUGAACCGUAGUAUCACAGAACUCAAUAUGAAAAUUCUGGAGACAAAGCUAAAGACGCGGAAACGCUGGUGUCGCCGAGUGAUUCUCAACACACCACGGGAUAAUGCUGCUCAGGUGAAAAGAUUCACUGAGCAGCAGUGGAUAAAGAACCUGUGUGAAAUACUGGGAGAACUGUCAAAGGACGAAAUUAAGAAGCUUAAGUCAAUGAUGAGGAAUAAGGAACAAAAGCCAAUCGCCAAGAGUGCUCUGGAGGGACGAAAAAGCCCUGAGGAGCUUGCAGAGCUGAUAGUGGAGACCUGGGGGGUGCAUGACUCCAUCAAGGCCACCAAAGAGUUCUUGGAGAGACUGCCACGCAACGACGAUCGAGUGACAUCCUUGCUGCAGCCAUUCUUGUAGCAAUUUGGCAAAGGGUGGGGUGGGAGAUGAUGGAAAUGUGGUGGCUACCUGCAAAAAACUAUGGGAGUAUGUUUUUACAAGGUCCAAAAAAACUCAGGGAAAAUAAAAUCCAUUAAAAUUGAUAUAAUGAACAGAACAUUUAGAGAACAACUAUACUGUAUUGCAGUUGUCUUUAAUUUUGUAAACUUUUUGAAAAAAAAUCAAGUUUAGUUGAACAAUAUUUUGAGAUUUGAUGUAUAUUUCUAUAUUUUAAAACUUUUUUAAAUCACUGAAAUAUGUACAGUAUGACCAACGACAUCUUUGUAGUUCAAUGUAUAUUUAUAUUUUUUAACUUUUUUUUCAACCACCAGAAUAAUAUGUAAAGUAUGACCAAUUACUUUUUCUACCUGUUUGAAUCAUAGCGUUGUCUCAUCCACACAUUCUGAUAUAACCAUGAAUCUAAUCCGUGGCCAAUUAUUUUUCUACCCUUUCACUGUCAUAAUGGUACAAAUCUUUGCAGCAAAUACUAAAACUAGUAUGUAUGAUUAUUGUUAUCCUCAUUUGACAUCAGGAAAGACAAAAAUGCCAAAGCCCUCAUCAUUAGUGUACUUGCUGUUAUUCCCUCUUAAUAGUCACAGUUUGCAUCACAUAGUAACCAAUUCUUGAUAUUAACCAAUUGCCUACACUGCUGUGCUUGAUGUUUUUUAUUUUUUAUUUUAUUAAAUGUGCUUUUCUAUGCAAUAAAGAUUAGGGUACACACUGAGCAAUAACCUACAAUAUUGGUAGGCUUUAACCUAAUAUUUUGUUGAUUAAAUACAUUAUUUAUAUUGCAUUAUUGAACUCUUCUUAUACAAUAAACUGCAGUCAACAGACUGCACUAGCCCAAUAGCAGCUAGCUAGCUGCAAUCCUGAUCGGCUUCCCCUGGCUAACGUCCCUGUCCCGAAGCAAGCACCAACUAGCCUGGAGCU